GUUACUUCGAGUUACAUCCCUUUUACAAAAUGGCGUUGUCCUCACGGUGUUGAUUUUUCCGAAUAUAAACAUUACAUUACGAGAAUGGAAGUUGAAGAAACCAUUUCUGAAGAACCUGAUAUACAGAGACUUCAAUUAGGUGGUGAAGAGAAUGAUGACCGCCAAGAUAUUUCUAAAUCAGAUAUGCUUCUUGAUGACGAAUCAUCAGAAAGAUUAAAUUCUGUUGUUGGAGAUAAUUUGACUGAUAUUCCACUAGAGGGUAAUAGUGAUGAUAAAGGUUCACAGUUCAUUCAGCCACCCACUUCAAAUAGAGAUCUCAAGCCACAUGUUGAAGACAUGCUUCAGAGACUAGCGCAUUCAUCUGCGCACUUUAAACACCAACAGAGAAAUGAGCCAGACCUGACCCCAAAUCAGAAAUACGAAAUUGCUCGUGAAAUAUUUGAAAAUAAACCCCAUCUGUUCUUGGCUCGUUUCAAACAGCAUCUUGCCAUGAAAGAUAUACCCUGUUUCCAGGAAUAUGCCGGAGACUAUGAAAUAGACUUUCAUCUCAGUGAGAUACAAAAGUGGGAUAGUAAAAAUUACAAACGAAAAAAAGUCAAGAACCGACGAUACAAAGCGCUGAUGGAAAUGAUGUCUAUAGGCGAUGAAUACUUCACUGAAGAUGCCAUGAAAUCUCGUGAUCCUUUGUUAUAUGAAGAACUCAUUGGGCAACAUCUAACUGAAGAAGAAAGAGUUGAAAAGGCUAAUAGUAUUAUGGCCAAGAAUGAAAAUUCUCUUUCUCAGUUUCUUCUAAGACACAUACAACAGCAGCAGGAGAAUGCCCUCUACUACUCAUUGAAACACAAAGAGGAAGAAUGUUUUGAAGAAUUUGACUCAGACUCAGAUGAAGAAAUUGAAAUACCUGCCAAAAGGAAACUGUCCAAAACUGAAAAGAAAGUAUUACGGGCUGAAUUCCUUCACAUAAUGCAAGAAAGAUUCUUAGAUGGGAAGGAUCUUGGCUAUGAUUACAGUACAAUUGAUGACAACGCUGUGUACGACGACCUGGAUACAGAAGACAAAGAUGAAGAAGAGAAGUACUUUGAUAACGAGGAGCCACAGAUGCUGGAUGACACCAACUGUACAUAGAUAAAAGCAACUUUCAAUGCACCCCUUGACUACAUCUGGGUUUAGUCAGUCCUAACAGAUUUGAGUGAAGAGGAAGAAAGAGAGAGAAAGUGCAGCAGAUGUUAUAGUCAUUGAAGGUUUGGCAUAGAAAGAGAAAAGUUGAUAACGAGAAGUUUUAUACGGAAUUGAUGUUAUAAAGAAAUAAGUAUUUAUAUAUGUAUAUAUAUACAUAAUGCCUCUCCCAAGGUUUAAUAGUAUAUAUAUAUAUAUAUAUAUAUAUAUAUAUAUAUAUAUAUACACACACUGUGCAUAUUUUUCACACACAUACAAUGUAUUUGUAUAUAUAUAUAUAUAUAUAUAUAAGCAAAUAUUUGCUGAUCCCUUAAUUAUGUUUAUAAAUAUAUAUAUAUAUGUAUAUAUAUAUAUCAUCAUCAUCACAUCAUCAUCAAAUGGCCAUUGUCUAUGUUGGCAUGGAUUGGACAGUUUGACCAGAGCUGGCCAACCCAUGCCAGCAUGGACAAUGGACAUUAAAUGAUAUAUAUAUAUAUAUAUAUAUAUAUAUAUAAUUAAAGGAAGCAGCGGUUUAGUAAUGUGUUACCAAAGAAGAAAACUGUUAUUGUCAUUAAGUAUGACUGAGGGUAUUAGAAAACCUACAAUGCUAGAAAUAAGAGCUAAAGUUCACUGAUGCUGCACUCAACGCACAUAAUUGUAUACAUACAUACUGACAGUGACCAUAAACAGCCAAAAGUGGUUGUUGAAAUAUCUCUAUACUGUUGCUGUCGGUUUGUAUAUAUACAAUUAUGUGCAUUGACUGCAGCAUUAGAGAGCUUCAGCUCCUAUUUCUUGCAUUGUAGCUGUCAUAUAUAUAUAUAUAUAUAUAUAUAUAUAGGGAAAAGAACCAAGUUUCAUGAACUCAUCGAUGAAAAUCCAUAAAUUGAUUUUAAU